AUGGCGCUGAGCCUGGAAUCUACAACCAGCUUUCCCCUACUGGCCAUGUCAGGAAACACUGUGUCUGAGUUGCCUGGUGGCCCCAAUGUGUCCCUCAACAGUUCCUGGAUUGGCCCAACAGAUCACAGCUCCCUGCAAGACUUGGUGGCUACGGGUGCCAUUGGGGCAGUGCUUUCAGCCAUGGGUGUGGUGGGCAUGGUGGGAAAUGUGUACACGUUGGUGGUCAUGUGCCGAUUCCUGCGUGCCUCGGCCUCCAUGUAUGUCUAUGUGGUCAACCUGGCCCUGGCUGACCUGCUGUACCUUCUGAGCAUUCCCUUCAUCGUAGCCACCUAUGUCACUAAGGACUGGCACUUUGGAGAUGUGGGCUGCCGUGUUCUCUUUAGCCUGGACUUCCUGACCAUGCAUGCCAGCAUCUUCACCCUGACCAUAAUGAGCAGCGAGCGCUAUGCAGCUGUACUGAGGCCUCUGGAUGCGGUACAGCGCUCCAAGGGUUAUCGUAAGCUGCUGGCGCUGGGCACCUGGUUGUUAGCACUGCUGCUGACCUUACCCAUGAUGCUUGCCAUCCGACUGGUGCAUAAGGGCCCCAAGAGCCUCUGCCUGCCAGCCUGGGGCCCUCAUGCGCACCGUAUUUACCUGACACUGCUCUUUGGGACCAGCAUUGUGGGGCCUGGCCUGGUCAUUGGGCUGCUCUAUGUCCGCCUGGCCAGGGCCUAUUGGCUAUCUCAGCAAGCCUCUUUCAAGCAGACGCGGCGGCUGCCCAACCCCAGGGUGCUGUACCUCAUCUUUGGCAUUGUCCUUCUCUUCUGGGCCUGCUUUCUACCCUUCUGGCUGUGGCAGCUGCUGGCCCAGUACCACAAGACCACGCCACUGGCACCACAGACUGCACGCAUUGUCAACUACCUGACCACUUGCCUCACUUAUGGCAACAGUUGCAUCAACCCCUUCCUUUAUACACUGCUCACCAAGAACUAUCGCGAGUACCUUCGUGGGCGCCAGCGGUCGCUGGGUAGUAGCUGCCGUGGCCCAGGGAGUGCUGGCAGCUUCCUGCUCAGCCGAGUCCACCUCCUCCAACAGAACUCUGGCCGCUCGCUGUCCUCCAGCAGCCAGCAGACCACAGAGACCUUCAUGCUGUCCCCAGUUCCCCCUAGUAGAGCCUUUGUGUGA